AAUAUGAUAAGAUAGGUUUUAUAUCUCCCAGAUUAUUGAAGUGUGUAUAUUUGUAUGUUUGAAGUUUAAAACUAGAGUACAUAAAGACAACCUUAUCUCUUUCAGCGCAUCCUGAAAAAGCUCCAUGAUUUUAAGCAUCAAGAACUUUUAACGAUUACCCCAAUAAAGACGCCGGCAACAACUUACCCGUAUUACAUUCAGUGAGGACACAAAUAUAGAGUUGGAGUUUUCAGAAAAUAAAGAUGCUUCGUGGAAUGGUUUUUCAGAACUUUGUUCACUUCAAAGAGAGAUGUAAAUUUGAUUUUUCGAAAACUGAAAACGGCCCAAAUAUUUUUGUUGGAUGUAGUUCAACAGGCAAAACAGCUGCCUUGGAACUAAUGAGAAGAUGUAUGGACAGUAAAAUCAAUUCAUCUCUUACAAAAAGACUUUACCCAGACAAAAAUGCAUAUGUUUUCUGUGAGUUUAAAAAUGAAACAACUUGUUAUGGACCUACUGUUAUAACAGGAAUUAUUGUGGAAGGAAAACACGAAAGUAAUCCAGGUUUAAUUCCUGAAGAUGAGGAAUAUGAAGACUGGAAUGAGAUGCAAACCAAGAACGACACAAGGUUUCAUAAAGUUAUAAUGUACUGUUUUAAAGAGGAAAUAAAGUUUUGUUCAAAAACAUAUAUAGAAAAAGAAAAUGGCAACAUUGUUGAUUUAAGAAUGAAUCUAAGACUCUCUCCAAGUCUCUUAGAUGGAAUACUGGAUAAAAACCAAACAAAAAUAAGUAAUGACAUAAACGAAGGAAUCAAAACAAAAUUCAAUGAUGUUUUUGUUAUCAGAGUUCUUGAACAAAUCAGACAAUUAAAGAAAAAUGAAACCGUAAACUCAAAACCAAAGUUGUGGAAAAUGAUGGAGGAAAAUUUUGUCGGUAUUUUAACGAUGAGAGGACCGGGUACUUUUCAGUGGACAAAGAGCAGAUAUAUUGACUUCACAUUCAAAUCAAUGAACUAUGAGGAUGUAUGUGCUCAUGCAGAAAUCAUAACUAAUCUUUUGGAUAGUGAAUUAAUUGACAAAGAGGAAGAAAGAAGAAUAUUUGGAUAUCUUACAUAUCCAAAUGAAAUUGUAUUUCGGAAAACUGCAUCACAAACUGGUAAAACUGUGAUUAACGUUGAGCUACAGAAAAGCCCGCCGUUUCCACUGUUGAAGACCUCCCUUGGUAUCAUAGAGGCAAAGCAAUUUUCUCUUCUUAUGACACAUAAAUCAUUUAAAACAAUUUGCUUAGAAGAACCUGAUAGAGGAAUGCAUCCUCACAUGAUUGAACGCAUGAAAGAGGUACUCCAUCAAGAAAGUAGAAAUAAAACCAUUAUUGUUGCAACACACAAUCCAUAUCUUCUCGACUCCAGAUCGUUAGAUAAUACCUUUAUCUUCUUAAAAAAAGGUAUUGACUCAUUUGUCGAAAAAAUUGGUGCCCUUGAUGAAUGUGCCAUUGUACGAAAGAAUAUUGAAGUUCAAGAUUUAAAAAGACUUUUGUUUUCAUCGCAUGUUCUUUUUGUUGAAGGAAAGUCCGACAAAAUUGUUCUGCAAUCAAUUUUCAUGCACAUCGUUUUAUCAAACAGGAAAACACUUGAUAUGUUGAGUUAUGAGAUAAUUCAAAUGGGUGGAAAAGACUCUCAAGACCCCUUGACAACGUUUUGCAAACGCAUCAAUAUAGAGCAUUGCUUUAUUUUAGAUCGAGAUGCACAUAUAACGACAAAGAAAGAAAAUGAAACAUUUGAUGAAUUUUCUAAUCGACUGGCAGGAGAAAAAAAUACUUUUGUCUGGGAAAAGGGAGAGCUAGAAGAUUUUCUCUUAAAUGAUGAUACUGAUGAUGAUUUUACAAAACUUAACGAAAUUUUAGGGCAAGAAGAACAGUUUCCAAAUUCAAAAAAAAUUAAAAAAGAGAAAAUUAAAAAAGGUUUAAAUGCCGGGUUAUCCAUGAGCCAGUCAAAAAAACUGGCUGACUUUAUCAAAGGAUUUUCCGACACUAAACGUCUUCGAAAGUUUCUGGAAGAAAAAAUGGCGUUUUUUAAAAAAGAAGACGACUGAGUAUUUUUCCCUCAUCAAAUGCAAAUGUAAGAUAUUAAAAAAUAUAUUGUACAGGCCAUUAAAUGUAUAUUUUUGAAGAAGGAACUCCCCAUCUCGCAGAGACUUGAGAAAUUAUCUAAUGUCUACCAAAAGGUGAUAAGCCUAGACAGUUUUUAAAAAACUGGCGACCAAAUACUAUUUUAAAUGUUUUGUAAAAGGUUAUUUCAGGGUGUGUUAGUUUUAGAAUCAAGAAAGAAUUAGAUUAUUAAUCUUGAUUUAUGAUGGGAAGAUACAUUGGAGAGAAUACUAGAUUUAUAUACGGCCUGUUAUCUUACACUGAGUUCAAAAAACAUACCGGGUCUUUUAGUACUUAUAGAUUUUGAAAAGGCUUUUGAUUCUAUGUCGUGGUCGUCAUAUGCCAAGUCCUUAAAUAUUUUGGCUUUGGAGACAAUAUGAUUCAGUGAAUAAAGAUUUUAAAUACAAACUUUUAUGCUGCUAUUUUACAGUGCGGCAAUCUAUCUCAACAGUUUGUUGUCCAAAGGGAAUACAGGCAAGGGGACCCUGUCGCUCCAUAUUUAUUCAUCAUGUGUGCAGAAAUCUUAGUAAUAAUGAUUAAACAAAAUGAAGAUAUUAAAGGUAUUUUUAUUAAUGAUAUUGAACAUUAGAUAUCACAAUAUGCAGAUGACACUUCACUAGUCUUUGAUGGUUCACCAAAAUCUCUUUUUGUAGCUCUAAAAACCAUAGAUUAUUUUUUAUAGUUUUUCUGGUCUUGAAAUAAAUACAUCUUAGACAAAUAUUAUUUGGAUUGGAUAAAAAAAAUCAGAUCAGGUUUAUCAUCACACAAGAUUGAAAUUGGAUUGGGGGUCAACAACAUUUAACCUUUUAAGAAUUCAGUUCUCAGUAAAUCUUCAUAAUAUUGCUAAUAUGAAUUAUAAUUUGCAAAUUCAAAAAAUUAUAGCUCUGGUUAAGCAAUGGAAACGACGAAUUCUUACUCCUUUCUGCAGAAUUACUGUUAUUAAAAGUUUGCUCAUUCUGAAACUAAAUCAUUUAUUCAUUUCACUACCAAAUCUAAAGAAAGAAACAAUUUCAUACCUUAAUAAUUUUUUUUGAAUUUCUGUGGAAAUCUAAGAUUGAUAAAGUUAAGAGGUCAGUCAUUACACAUAACUGUUCAUCAGGAGGGUUGAAAAUGGUUGACAUUAACAAUUUUAUAAAAUCUCUUCAGUGUUCAUGGAUAAAAAGGCUUACAGAAUCACACAAACCAUGGAUGGAUUUUUUAUUUACCAUUUAUGUAAAUGAAUUUUUACAGCAAUUGUUUCAUUUUUGUGAUAGUUUUGUAAUUGAAUGUUUACACAAAGUAAUCUUUUUUUUGGAAAGAUGUGUUAAAUUCUUGUUGAUGUUUUAUUAUUACCUAUAGUGAUCACCUAAAGGCAAAAGAUAAUCUUUUAAAUACUCCGGUAUGGUACAACUCAAAAAUAACAUAGCAAAUAAAAAUAUUUUCAUAAAAACCUGGUACAAUAAUGGUGUAAAGGUCAUACAAUUUUUAUAAUGAAAACAUUUGCCAUCUUUUAGGUUAUACUGAAUUUAAAUGUAAUUACAAUCUAAAGAAUAUAUGUAUAAUGCAGUACAACAUUGUUAAAUCAGCAAUUUUUAAGUUUUUAAAAAUGUCUAACAUUGACAGGACUUCUGUUAAAGAAAAUCUUAAUCCAAGCCAUUUUCUUAAUACCAUUUUCCCCCCAAACAAUUAUACUCCAUGAAAAGUGUACAAAAAUUAUUUACAAGUUUUGAAUGAAAAUGUGGUUACCCCAAUUGCUGUAACCAAAUGGAAAACAGAUCUAAUGGAUUAUAUACUGUAUAUGACAUUUUUAAGAUUUGUUUUAAAACUACCAUAGAUUCUUCUGUACAAUGGCUUCAAUUUAGAAUUUUACACAAAAUUCUUCCAGUUGAAUACUACCUUAAAAAAUCAAUAGCAAAGCUACCUACAGAUGUGGGUUUUGUAAAAAUAAUGUGGAAACAAUAAUACAUGUUUUUAUUUUCUGUGAGAAAAUACAUACCCUGUGGAGUGAACUUAGUUUAUACAUUUAUAGAAUGACCUCUUAAAGAAUUGGAUUUAAUAUAUCUAAUACUUUACUUGACCAACUUUCAUUGUCGUAUCAUAACAAAGUCAUUAAUUAUAUAAUUCUGUAUACGGAACAAUAUAUUUUUCGUUGUCUUAUUGUUAUGAUGAUCAGCUGUUUUGUGUUUAUGUUUAUGUGUGACGUCAUAGCGCGCGACAGGAUGUGUAGUGUCGUCUGCGAGGUUAGAGAGACGCCAGAGAUCGGUGAGAAAAGACGUUGAGGAAUCC